UUGCUAUUCGUUCUUGCAGGAUCCGCUGCGGGAGUAGGUAGCGGUGACUUUCACAUCUAUCGUGGCAUCAGACGACGGGAAUAUGCGAGACAAGAAUAUCUCGAUAAAAAGGCAGAGGAAGAGGCAAAAGAUGCUGAUUUCUUAAAGAAAAUCGAAGAACUGAAGAGAAUGAAUCGAGAAAAGACUGCUAAAAAGAGAGAUAAGCGACUUAAAAAGAGAGCCUUACAAAGUAAGAGAGCCAAAAGGACGAACUCCGAAACUCUUUCUUCUAAGAAUACUAGUACAGAUGAAAGUGAAGUCGAGGAGGUUGAGCUAGUCGAAUAA